AUGAGAGAAUUACAUAUUAUUAAGCCUCCUAAGGUCAAUUUUCCAUUAGGAAAAGCAAAGUAUGUACCGCAAUUUCUUGGAGGAAAUGCUUGGAAAGAUAGUAGUGAUCCAAUAAAAAAGAUAGACUAUAUUAAGAGUAAGAUUGAAAAAGUUGUUCUGAAGGUAUUUCAAUUAGAAAGACAAGACGAUUCAUGGCAUAAAGCCAAUGAAUAUUUCACUGGAGGUAUUGGUACUGAAUCAAAGAAUAAAGAAUUAGAUGAAAAAAUUGAGACUAUAACAAAUAUCAUCAAAUACGUUGCCGGAACUAUAAAAACCCUACCAGAGAUAAAAAUAGAGUCAAAGGAUUUGAGAACCAUGUUUAGUGAGGGAGAAGUCCCACCCGAACUUAUGGAUUAUAUUCACAUAUGUUUUGAUGCUGUAUUAGAAUAUAAAGAAGAUAAAGGAUUUGAUUGGGAUUGUUUUUUAUGUGCUAUGGUUGGAUUGGCGCAAAUUGUUGCAGGUGUAGCUUUAGAAAUAAUAUCUGGGGGUUCAGCUCAUUUUAUAGCACAAACAUUAAUUGCAGAAGGUAUAGGAGAUAUAGUUUUUGCAAUACAAGCUAGUAUAGAAGGUAAUUUUAGUUGGAAAUCUUAUGGCCAGCAUAAAGUGCAAAGUUUGAUGAUAUCCCUUGUGACUGUAGGAGUAGGCAGUUUUUUAUCAAAAGGAGCUCAAACAGGUAAACUUGCGGUUGGUCUGGCAACAAAAACAGCAAUAACCAAAGCUAUUAUGAAAACUGUAAUAGUAGAAGCUUAUAGUGACCCCUUAUGUCAAGACCAAAUUUGA